UUUAUUUAUUUGUUUUUUCCACGAUAUAAAUAAGGGAUAGAGGUUUAGUAACGGCAUCAGAUUCGUUAAUGAGGAGCUCGGGGGAUAAGAAAAUGAUUUCACUCUGGUUUAUUCCAUUUCUUCUUCUCUCGUUAUUUGAUCAGGCAAUUGGGAGACCAUUCUAUGAACUUCCAAGUAAAUUACAGAACAAGCAUAAAGAACCCCUGCAGUCAUUUCGUCCAUACAAUAUUGCUCAUCGAGGAUCAAAUGGUGAAAUUCCUGAAGAAACAGUGGAUGCUUAUAUGAGAGCUAUUGAAGAAGGUGCUGACUUUAUAGAAACUGAUAUCCUUGCUACUAAGGAUGGUGCACUGAUUUGUUUUCAUGAUGUAAAUCUUGAUGAUAUCACUGAUAUUGCUGAUCAUAAGGAGUUUGCCAGUCGCAAAACUACAUAUGAGGUUCAAGGUGAAAAUAUGACUGGUUGGUUCGUAGUGGACUUCAUACUUGAUGAACUUAAAUCAUUGAGGCUGAAACAGCGUUUUCCAUUUCGAGAUCAACAAUACAAUGGGAAAUUUUCAAUUAUCACAUUUGAGGAGUUUAUUGCAAUUGCUCUAGAUGCAAACAGGAUUGUGGGUAUAUAUCCAGAAAUCAAGAAUCCUGUUUUAAUCAACCAGCACGUCAAAUGGGCGGAUGGAAAGAGGUUUGAAGAUAAAUUUGUGGAGACUCUUCUUAAGUAUGGUUAUAAAGGUUCCUACAAAUCAAAGGAGUGGCAAGAACAACCCGUGUUCAUACAGUCAUUUGCCCCGGCUUCCCUUAUUUAUAUUUCAAAUAUGACAGAUUCUCCCAAAAUAUUGUUGAUUGAUGAUGUCAACAUUCCAACUCAGGACACUAACCAGACAUAUGCACAGAUAACUUCAGAUAGUUACUUUGCCUAUAUAAAGGACUAUGUUGUUGGGAUCGGACCAUGGAAAGAUACCAUAGUUCCUCCAAAAGAUAAUCAUUUGUCUACUGCCACUGAUCUUGUUGCAAGAGCACAUGCUCAUAAUAUCCAGGUUCACCCAUACACGUUCAGGAAUGAGAACCAAUAUCUGCAUUUUAACUUCCAUCAGGACCCUUAUGAUGAAUAUGAUUAUUGGAUAAAUGUUAUCGGCGUGGACGGGUUGUUUACAGAUUUCACAGGGAGUCUUCAUCAUUAUCAGGAAUGGACAGCCAUUUCCAAGCCGAAGGAAACUGAAUCAGACAUAUUGAAGAGGGUUGCCUCUAUCAUCUCUUCCUAUAGACAUGAUUAAUUAUUCUAUCUAUGGCCUUUUUGCAAAGUUCAAAUGAAAGUACAUGCAUCAACAAACUGCAAUCAAAAUAUUUGUUCUUUUAAAUUCAUGUAAAAGAUCCCUAUGGGUAGCGUGUGAAGGAAUUGACAUGAAAUUUGAAUCAAUUUGUGAUUUGGUAAUGAAUAUAUAGUAAUUGAUUAAGUGUUUACAGCCUUGUCUUCA